UCUCUGGCAGUUGGGCCCUGUCCUGCUGAAUGGGCUUGGGGGCCAGUUUUCCCUUAGCUCUGAAGCUCAGCAGUCUGAUAAGAUCCCCCACGUUCUUUCCCAGACUUCAGGGCUAUGAUGGAAUCUUCUCGGUCUGAUGAAAGUAUUCAGGAGAUGAAUGACAGCAGUCACUGGCACCCCGUGAGCCUGCGCCGGAGCUCCGUAUUGCCCUUGCGAUGGAGAAUUACACACAGCCCCCGCUGGAUAGUGCAGGUGCUGGUCUCGGAGCUCAGCCUUGUGGCCUUUGUCCUGCUGCUGGUCAUGGUCUUCUCCAAGAAAUGGCUGCAUGCCCCCGGAAGCCACUUCCGUCAGCACUACCCCAAGAAUGUCAGCAACAGGAUCCACACCUCUAUCCACAUCAUGUCCUUGGGGCUCCUGCACAUCUGCAGAUCUAACUGCCCCAGACCAAAGGACUGGAAAGAUAGUUUUAAAAUCUGGACAAAUCACCCCAUGUUUGGGAUAGCCAAGAUCAGCUUUGGCCUGGCCCUGGAGCUGGGCCUUGUCCUCACCAUCUGGUUGCACCUGUCCUACCUGCCCAAACUGAAGAAAUUGCAUGCUCUCCGCUUGGUUGCCAUCAUUUUGAGCUUUUGUCAAGCCACCUUCAUCUUCUUCACCCUCCUGUUGUUCGCUAUUAACCUAUGGACCUUUGAGUUGAGGAAGAAUAUAUCCGUUCCCAUUGGCUGGGGCUAUUUCAUUGGUUGGUUGGUAUUUCUCCUGUAUGUCACCUGUGGGGUCCUUUGCUACUUCAACUAUAAAAAUUUCUGGAAUCCACUGCAUCGUGUCUUUGGCAGCAUGCCCUGUGCAUCACUUCCUGCUCAGUGAGGGAACCUCUGAGUCAGCCUUCUACCUCAGACCUCUAUCAACCUGGAUGCUGAGCAGAAGGAUCUAUCUCUGUCAUCAAGUGCUGUCCGUUCAUCUAAAUCUGUCCCCCUAGCCUCACCCAAAACCUUUGAACAGGUUGGAUCUCAUCACUGUGAGAAAUGAGAAAAGAAGGAUUUGGGGCCAAUUUUGUACUCUUCUUCCUUGUUUCCACCUAUAGCAUGGAUGGUGUGGAAUAAAUUGUCUGUCUCUUCUU